AUGGUGGUAAAGCUUGUUACGGCGAAGAGGAUUAGCCGAACAACUGUGAGGAAGGUGAUGAUGGGUAACAGUGACGAAAAUGAUAGACGGUGGACUGUAAUGGAGAUGAUGGAGCUUCAUGGAGUUGCUCUGUGGAUGAUGAUAAUGUCCGCAGGUUUUUGUAGGAUUUGGGACAGCAACAAAGCUAUUAUUUUGCAGCAAGGUUGGACUGUUUUGCUGGUUUAUAGCAGGAUGUUUUUCUUUACAUGUUUUCGGCUGUUUUUUGCAGUUGGUGGCAACAAGCAUAGCAGCAAGUUGCAAGCUGUUUUUGUAGUAGGAAACAAGGUGGAGAGAGACAAAGCAAUAACAUGGUAA